AUGGACCCGUUCCUGUUGCUGCUGCACUCGGUGUCGGCCGGCCUGUCGAGCAGCGAGCUGACUGAGCUCAAGUUCCUGUGUCAGAGCCGCGUGGGUAAGAGGAAGCUGGAGCGCGUGCAGAGUGGCCUGGACCUCUUCUCCGUGCUGCUGGAGCAGAACGAGAUGAGCCCCGAGAACACCGUGCUGCUCCGCGAGCUGCUCGUCUCCCUGCGGCGCCAGGACCUACUGCGGCGCCUGGAAGACUUCGAGGCGGGCGCGGCGGGCGGAGCCGCGCCGGAGGAGCGAGACCUGCGGGCAGCGUUUGACAUCAUCUGUGAUAACGUGGGGAAGGACUGGAGGAAACUGGCUCGUCACCUCAGAGUGUCUGACGCCAAGAUUGAAGCCAUUGAGGAGAAGUAUCCGCGGAACCUGGCAGAACAGGUGAGGGAGUCGCUGAGGGUCUGGAAGAGCAGCAGGAAGGAUGAUGCGGCCGUGUCCCACCUGGUGAGGGCGCUCAGGGCCUGCCGGCUGAACCUGGUGGCAGACCUCAUCGAGGAGGGUCAGCGGGCCCGGGCCCUCCAGAGCGAGAGUGGGGACCCUGUGUCCCUCUCUGAGUCCUGGGACUCAGACUCGCCCGCCUCAGGGGCCUCCCGAUGA